CGCCACGCCGAGGCCCAAGCGGCAGCGCGGCAGGAAUCAGCACUGAAGUCCCUGGGGACAGAAGGCCUCUUUCUCUUUUCCUCCUUGGACACAGACCGGGAUAUGUACAUCAGCCCCGAGGAGUUCAAGCCCAUUGCUGAGAAGCUGACAGGCUCAACCCCUGCCGCCAGCUAUGAGGAGGAGGAGCUGCCCCUUGACCCCAGCGAGGAGACACUCACCAUCGAAGCCCGAUUCCAGCCUCUGAUCCCGGAGUCCAUGACCAAGAGCAAAGAUGGGUUCCUGGGGGUCUCCCGCCUGGCCCUCUCUGGCCUCCGCAACUGGACCACUGCGGCCUCUCCGAGUGCCGUGUUUGCUGCCCGACACUUCCGGCCCUUCCUUCCUCCACGGGGCCCCGUGGAGCUGGGGGAGCCCUGGUGGAUCAUCCCCAGUGAGCUGAGCGUCUUCACCGGCUAUUUAUCCAACAACCGCUUCUACCCCCCACCGCCCAAGGGCAAAGAGGUCAUCAUCCACCGGCUCCUGAGCAUGUUCCACCCUCGGCCCUUCGUGAAGACCCGCUUUGCCCCCCAGGGGGCUGUCGCCUGCCUGACUGCCAUCAGCGACUUCUACUAUACCGUGCUGUUCCGGAUCCAUGCCGAGUUCCAGCUCAGCGAGCCACCGGACUUCCCCUUCUGGUUCUCGCCUGGUCAGUUCACCGGCCACAUCAUCCUCUCCAAAGAUGCCACCCACGUCCGGGACUUCCGGCUCUUUGUGCCCAACCACAGGUCUCUAAACGUGGACAUGGAGUGGCUGUACGGGGCCAGUGAGAGCAGCAACAUGGAGGUGGACAUUGGCUACAUCCCCCAGAUGGAGCUGGAGGCCGUGGGCCCGUCGGUGCCUUCCGUGAUCCUGGACGAGGAUGGCAACGUGAUCGAGAGCCGCCCGCCGUCAGGGGAGCCCCUCCAGUUUGUCUUCGAGGAGAUCGAGUGGCAGCAGGAGCUGAGCUGGGAGGAGGCUGCCCGGCGCCUGGAGGUGGCCAUGUACCCCUUCAAGAAGGUCACCUAUCUGCCAUUCACCGAGGCCUUCGACGAAGCCAAAGCCAAGAACAAGCUGGUGCACUCAAUUCUGCUGUGGGGGGCCCUGGAUGACCAGUCCUGCUGAGGUUCAGGGCGGACUCUCCGGGAGACAGUCCUGGAAAGUUCGCCCAUCCUCGCCCUCCUCAACGAGAGCUUCAUCAGCACUUGGUCCCUGGUGAGGGAGCUGGAAGACAUGCAGAACAACCAGGAGAACCCGUCCCACAAGAAGCUGGCCGACUUGCACUUGGAGAAGUACAGCUUCCCCGUGGAGAUGAUGAUCUGUCUGCCCAAUGGCACUGUGGUCCACCACAUCAAUGCCAACUACUUCUUGGACAUCACCUCCAUGAAGCCUGAGGAUGUUGAGAACAACGUCUUCAGCUUCUCGUCCACUUUUGAAGACCCGUCCACGGCCACCUACAUGCAGUUCUUGAAGGAAGGCCUUCGGCGCGGCCUGCCCCUCCUCCAGCCCUAGUGCGGCCCCGGGCCGGGCUGGACGGGGCUGGGGAGCUGAAGCAAAGGCCUCCCACACUGAGGACGGGCCCCUUGGGCUGGGCUCAGAACCUGAGGUCCUGGCACAUUUCAAACUUCGGGCACCCCCACCCCCACUGCCUGUGCGGUCAGAGGUUCGUGAAGGGUUAGACAAGGGGGUGCCUGGGGCAACUGGACGGAUGAACCUCUGACCCCAGCUGCCUCGUUAGCCCAUUAUGACCCACGUGGUUCCAGAAGCUGCUCAGGACACCAAAAAUGGGACCUCGGGUCAUCUCCCUGGACCUCACCCACUCAGGCAUGCGGCCCAGGCCCCUGUGGCGUGACGAUCAGGGAGGCGUGGUGCCAGGAAGACAGGGCUGCCCCUCUCUCCUUACAUUCACCCUCUCCCCAAAGAAAGGUCCGGAAGGCCCGGACUGGGGGCUGGGGAGGGGUUGCCAGGGACGCACUCUUGUUUGUCUGGAACCUUCUUCCUGGCUGCCCUCCUAUGCCUCGUGUCCCCAGUAUGGUCAGUUUCAGCUGGAGAGAGCCUUCUGGAGGCUCAAGGGAAACCCUUCCAGAAGCCACUGCACCCCAGACCUCGGCUCUCCAGACCACUCAGUCCAACCUAAUGAUAGGGCCCCAGCACUGUUUGGGGACUUGCUGGAGGCCAUCUUCCUGGGGCAGCUCGCUGUGAAGGAGGCUCCUGCUCCUAGCAGGGGAGUCCCCUGAGGGGUUCCUGAGGCCCAGGUCCAAGGCACCGCCACUGCCGGCCCAGCAGGGGUCACAGUAGGACUGCCGGCCCCUCAGACCCCAGCUCCAUGGAAGUGUAGCUCAGCCAAAGACAACACCUCCCCCAGAGCCGUCAGGGCCGCCCCGACCCCCGUGCGCCCCACCAAAUGGCCGCUGACCUUCCCUGGCCUCUCUGAAGGCCUCAGUCUACGUCCCAAGCCACUGACUACAGCCAGUCUUUUUUAUACAUGCAGACAAGUGUUUUUAUGUGAAGUUUUCUCACAGUUUGUAGAUAUUUUUGAUAACACCAACACUGAGGAGAAUGAAGGGGCGGUGUCUUCCCCCCGCAGCAGCCCCAUGAUGGCUGGACCUGAAAUCCUCGGUGGGUCCAGCUUGAUGUCUUCGCAGCUGCACCUACGGGAAGAAAUACUCUCUUCCUUUCCUUCCAGCUUUUUAAAAAAGAAAGUCAGUGCACCCCCAACCCUAUCCGUGUCCUCCCCUCAGGCCCAGGGUCCUGGGCUUUCAUUAAAGCCCUGGAGCCCAGCCUGCCCCCCAAAUCCUGCCCCGAGCUCACUCUUAAACCUGAAAGAGGAAGGCGGACACCUCCUUGGACACACUCCCAGGCCUCCCAUUUGCUGAAUUCCCCUGCCUGCCACUUAAGUAUCCAUACUGAGCAACCCCCCUCCUCAGGAACUCUUGUUAACAUUACUUCUAUUUUCUCAUUUAAUCCUCACGAAGAACCUGUGAGGCAGAUUAAUCAUUCCCAUUUUGCAGAUGAAGAAACUGAGUCUUAGGGAGGUGACAACUCACCCAAGGUCACUGAGGGUAGAGCUGAAACUCAGCCUGUGUCUGGACUUUGGUGUCUUUGUUUUGCACUCCGCCCCCACCUCUCACCCCUGCCCAUUUUCACUGACGUGAAAGUUCAAACCAAAAUGUCUCAUCCCUCUCUGAUCUCCAGACGGAAAGAGCCAGCAAGCUCAGCUAAGUUCUUUGUGUCCUGGGAGGCAGUGCUUCCAUGCUCCUUGAAGGGAGGGAGGGCACCGAAGUCUGUCUCAGUGCUGCCAGGCAUGGGUGGCAGUAGCCAGUCCCAUGAGCCACCCAGUGUCAGCAGACUCCACCUCCCCACCCCACCCAGCAGGCUCUCCCCGUCCACGCAGGUCCAGAAGGACCCACCUCACACUGAAUAGUCCUUGUCCCUUGAAAGGUGCUGAUUGCUUGGUCUGUCUUGUCUUCAUCUCCUGCCUUUUCCUGACACCCCCCACCCCACUGUGCCAUGAAGCUCAUGGUGGGGAAGGCCCUAGCUGCCCUCAUCACCCCUCUGCCUCUUCUCUCCCCUGUCCACAUGUCCUAUAAUAAAAUCGGAGAGGCUAGGGUG